AUAUAUGUAUACACAUGUGUUAGAAAAAAAAGAAUAAAACAACGAGUUUACGAUCUAAAAUGAAUUAUAAAUUUCAUGUUUUGUGUCUUCUUCAGUAGUGUAUAAAAGUGGCCUUGAUAAAACAUCUGAUUUCCCGUGUGAAGGAGCUAAGUGUACUUAAUUAUUAGUAAUUUAUAAUUAUAAUAAAUACAAUUUCUAAAAAAAUAUUAUAUAAAAAUAUACUCUUUUAUACUUUUCAUUAAAGUUUUAUCAAAACAAGUAUAUCUGUUAAUUAACAAUCUGUAAUAGUUACUCUCAACAAUAAACAACGUCCAAAAACUAAAAAAAAAAAACGAAAAAAGUAUAACAAAAUAUUAUACCUUUCAUUUUCGAAAAAUGCAAUUUUUUUAGUAAAAGGAAAUAAUUAUUUAUAAAUUUAUUUCUAAUAAUAAAAAAUAAAUACGGAUUAAAUGACAGCAAUAGCAGUAGUCAAUGUACUAACAUCAAUUUGAAGAUAAAAUAAUUAAGAAAAUAAAGAUCAUUGAAAGUGGAGGUUAAUUUUUGAUAUAUAAUGCGAUCAGUAGCGAAUGCCGAACUAAUUGUAAUUUACGGACUCCGAUUUCUUUGCUGGUGUUGCACUGAAGUCAGUGCUAGUGGUGGUGCUCUAGACUCAUCAGGGUAUCAUUCGAGGUCCAAUGAUGGAUCAUACUCUGUUAGUUCGACGACAUUUUCCCCAACUUAUACAGAGGGUACCGCACCAGUGGGUACUUAUGAUAAAUCACAAUCCAAUGUGGACACUUGCAAUGAUGAUCUAGCAUGCAUUACAAUGGCAUCACAUGAUCGUCUAGGUCUAGAAGCGAUUAAAUCACUCCACAGUCAAUUAGACGACGAUGCUGAUGGUGAUGUAGAUCUUUCUGAAUCGGAUGAUUUUCUCAGAGAAGAAUUACAAUAUGAAGCCGGUUAUGAGCGACGACAACGUGCUUUCCAUCAUAAUGAUGAUAUGCACAUAAGUGUAAGAGAAUUAUGGGAAGCUUGGUUAAGAUCAGAGGUUCAUAACUGGACAAUUGAACAAACUUCAGACUGGUUAAGUACAAACGUUGAGCUUCCACAAUAUGUUCCUACUUUUAUUCAGCACCGAGUUACCGGAGCAACUCUUCCUAGAUUGGCUGUUAAUAACAUGCAUUAUUUAAGUAAUGUCUUGGGCAUUAAAGAUCCUAUUCAUAAACAAAAAAUAGCACUUAAAGCUAUGGAUGUUGUCUUAUUUGGACCUCCAAAAGAUUCUGGGCACAGUUUGAAGGAUUUGAUUUUAAUUACUUUAUUAUUUGGAGCAUUAAUUGGAUGCUGGUACGCUUAUCAGCAGAAAAAAAGCUCACAGAAGCAUUUAAAGAGGAUGAUGAAGGAUAUGGAGGGUUUACAUAAAGCAGAAUUAGCAUUAGAAGAUUUACAGAAAGAACUUGAAAGGGCGAGAUUAGAACAAGAGAAUGCUACAACUGCUAAGAAAAAUUUAGAAAAAAGACUUCAAGAUGAAACUCUGGGAUUACAUACAUCUUAUUCUGAUUUAGAAGUUUCUCAAUUAAAAGCAGAAAUAGAGAUGUUGAAAAUGGAAUUACAACGAGCUGAAGGUGAAUUAGAAGAUCGGUGCUGGUCACCGCCAGUGGGACUUCAACAUUGGUUACAGUUAACUCAUGAAAUCGAGAAUAAAUCAUAUACAAAGAAAAAGAUAGCAGCAGAAAAACAAUUACAACAAGCCAGAGAGGCUUGUGAAAAAUUGAGGAAAAAGCGAUCUAGCUUGGUUGGUGCAUUUGUAUCAACCCAUGGAAAAUCAAUUGAUGAAGUGGAUAGAAGUAUAGUGGAAGCGAGAACAGCGUUAAAUGAAGUAACUGCUGAAUUACAAGAGCGAGUACAUCGCUGGAAGCAAAUCGAACUUCUAUGUGGUUUUAAUAUAAUAAAUAAUAAUGGGUUAAAUUAUUUAGAAACUAUUUUGUAUCGUGGGGCACCUAACGGAAGAACUUUAGGUCUCCGAGGCCGUAUGAGUAGUCAAGAUGAUUUGGACGAUGAAGUAAGUUCUGUGUAUACACCAUCGACGUCUGGUGGAGCAGGUAUGAUUGAAAUACCAAGUUGGAAAGAAUCAUCACUACCACCUGAUUCGUCUGGUAGCGAAACAGGGAAAGAAACUCCACCAGAAGUUCAAUUUACUGUAGGUGAUGACGAGUCAACAACAACUUCAUCAAAAACAUCGACACGUGAAAAAUCAGCAAUGAUAAGAUCCUUCAGUCAUGACACUAAUAUGACAUCAACGGAAGAUACAAGAACGCUAUCAUUAAGUUCAUUAUCGAAAAAUUCUCUAUCCGACAAUUCGCUAGAUUCUUCUGACAAGAAACUGAGGAAAUCACUAAAAGAAUUGCCAACAUUAACAUCUGUUGAUGACGAAACACUUUCUACUGAUUCAAAUUCAACAGCUGACAACGAAGAGAUGAAGAAACGGCGCAGAAAACUAUUUCCAGGAUUCAGAAAAAAUCGAGGCAAAAAAUACAUGAUUAAUUGAGUUCAUCUCUUUAUGCGUAAGUUAUCAAAGUUAUCAGCUAUAUUGAAACGAUAAUAAAUUGAAUGUUAAAAAAUAAAUAAAAUGACAAUAUAUUUUUGAAAAAGGAAUUUUCCUUCUUUCUAGUGAUAAUGAUGUCGUUUAGUAAAAAAUUUUUUAGGACAUUUAGUCACAUUUGAUGCAAUUAGAUAAAUUUAAUGAAUUAAAAUAAUAAGAUAAAUAAUUAGUUGCAGUAAAUAAUAAUAAUAAUAUAUAUAUAUAAAAUAAAAAAUUGAUCCGUUCAAAUUUUGAUAAAAUAUUUCUUUUUAUAAAGUCUUAUACAGAUAAAUUUUUUUAGUAUACUUAAAAAAAAUAAACAACAUUUAUUUUCAUAGUAGAAUAUUAAUGAGAAACGAGAAGUAAGAGUUAAUAAUCAUGACAAUGACAAGAACCGUUAAUGAAAUAAUUGUGACAGAUUAUAAUCAAAGUGACGAAGAGAAACAAUGCCAUGAAGAUAACUGAAUCUCAUACAAAUAGUUAAAAUAUUUAUAAUUCUAAAAAAGUUUUAUUAAAAAAUAAGCAAUAUCAUUUAAAACGAAAAUACACAUCAAUAUUCAUAGUUAAUGAAAAAUUAAAUUAAUGAAAAAUUUUAUCAAUAAUUGAAAAAUGAUAAUUUAUUGAAUGGUCAUGCACAAUGAAAAUCUAUAUGUACGCGAUUUAAGAGGAAAGUUUGAUGAAUUGAAAAAUGACUUUUUUAAUGAAAUUUGUACUUUUUAAAUUUUAAGCUCAAUUAUGUACUUCCUCAAUAUUGUAUUCUAUGAUAAUUCAAGUAGAUAAUUCAUAAAUAAGAACGUUAACCGCAAGUAUCAAAAAUUUUAUAUUUUUAAGUAUUAGUAUUUUAAAUAAUGGAAAGUUUUAAUUACUCAGGUUUUGUGUUUAUUUAUUAUUAUCGUUAUUAUAAUUAUUAUUAAUAUAUUGAAACAAAUGAUCUUUAGAUCAUUAGAAAAUUUGAACAUUGUGAAUUAUACAUAAAUACCCAAAAGAAGUUAAUUAAUCGGAAAGUUGUAUAAAUAACUGUAAUUUAUUAUAGUUUUAUUCAUAGAACAUCUAAACGAACACACACAGUGAUCUUAGGUCAUAGAAAAUGAAAUAAAAUAUUAUUAUACU